AUAAGACAGUAACGAAAGAGCAAGUGAGUAGACGAGAAGUGUUUUGUAUGCUGCGUAUUCAAAGUGAAAAACGUAGUGGAAGGUUUUUCGAAAGAAAAAGAUUGUUCUUUUUUCUACGCCAUUAUUGAAUUUAGGAAUGUUAAGUGUUACACGCAAAUCAGUGUGAAAAACGGAUGUUAUAGUUGUUGCCACUGGAUUCCAUCUCGCACAGAUUCAGCCAGCAAUCAAGUUGAUUCGCUGCAUUUUCGCAAAGGAUAGUCAAGAGGAAGAAGAAGAAGCAAUCGUAGAGGAGAAAAUUUUUCUGCAGCAGCUGUACGCACACUAGCGGCCCAACGGGCAGCGCCAUUAUUACACAAUACAUCGAAAUAUCUCCGUGUGUGGAUUUUAUUAGGAAUAGUGUCGAACGGCAAACGUGUUUUGUGUUCGGGGCAGGAAAGUAAGAAUAUCUACGUGUUGUCAACGAUUCAUCCGGGAGGUCAAUUCGAACUACUAAAGUACAGCAAUGCACAUCAACAAUCCGGAUGCGUUGAAGGCUUGGUUAACCGAAGUUCUAGAACCGUUGUGUGAUGCAGAUCCGGCGGCCCUAGCUCGGUAUGUGUUGGCUCUACUGAAAAAAGAUAAACCAGAAAAAGAUUUACGAGAUUGUAUGAAAGAGCAACUGGAUGUGUUUCUCGGCCAAGAAACGGAACCAUUUCUAGAGCAGCUUUUUCGAUCAAUCAAAGGUGAAGAAUACAUAAAGAUUGCCCAAGCCAAGGAGGCAGCUUUGGCGGCAGCCAUAGCUCUUCAGCAACCGACGGUCCCUGUCGACACCCAGACCCCAAAUGUGACGGUCACGGAAGAAUCGAAAGUGCGCAUCAAAAGAGAAUUCACGCCUCCCCUGCACGAAAAUCACAUCAGUAGCAGUAGCAGCAACAGUAGCAACAACAACAGUAAUAAGACUUCCAAAGAUCCCCUAGCCGGAAAUGUUCCUGCAGUAGAGAAAACAUCAUCAGUUGGCAGUGCGCUUCAAGAUUCGAACGAACCCUUGAGUAGCGCCAGCAGUGGAGCAUUAUCCGUAUCUGCCACCAAUAGCAUAGUUUCACCUCCAAACACCACUACUAGCAUCGGAAAGGCUCCCAUAAAAAGUUCGAGCAAUAAAGACGACCAUAGCAAGGAAAGUCGCAACAGAGGUCGCCGGAUAUCGAACCGAUCUCGCUCGCGGUCCCGUUCCCGAUCUCGGUCCUUCGAACGAUCGCGUGAGUCGAGGCGCUCGCGUUCUCGAGAUCGAGUUCCGGUACGCGAGUCCAACCGGGAGAAGUUGAAUCGUCAAUAUCGCAACAAAUCACCCGUCGGACGCGCAGACUCUUUUCGGCGCUACGAACGAAAGACCUAUUCGUACGAGAAUCGACGCACCGGUGGUACUGGGAAUGGUAAUGCCAAUAACAGUGGUGGUACGGGCAGUGGCAGCACUGUGCGCACCGUCAAUCGAAGUCAAUCUGGCAGCAGGUCUCCAUCGCCGGUGGUAGAUCGCCGUAAGAUGGCACGUUCGGAAUCGCCGGCUACUGCAACCGCUCCGGCUGUUACUCCUGCCACCACGAUGGAACAUUCUUCUUCUACGGUGGAGUCAACUUUGCUGGCUGCGAAACGUCAGCGUUGUCGGGAUUUCGACGAAAAAGGUUACUGCAUGCGAGGGGAAACCUGUCCCUGGGAUCACGGUGUUGAUCCGGUUGUGCUGGAAGAUAUCAAUAAUUCGGCACUGAUUACGAUUCAGUCAGCUGCUCAGCUGCGAACCGGCCCGAUUCAUCCCGAGUACAGCCCCGAUGCACCGGAAUUGUGGAAUCGACCACCAACUUUUCCACCGGGCAGACCAUCGAUUGCUCAACGGUUGGGAAACAUUGCCGGGGUGGGUGUGAGUGGAUUCGGACCUCGAGCUGCGUUGAGUGGGAACUUCCGAGGCGGCGCACCCGGAUUUCCGGCAGGUUUCCCGGGAAAUCCAAUCGGAACUACCCCGCUUCAGAGGGAACUGAUCUCGGUACCGGUAGUAGAUGCCAAUAAAGGAGGUGAUGUGUCUGCUCAGCAACCCAAACGAAGAUUCGAACCGGAAGAUGCCGUUGCUAUAGCCGAUGGACAUUUGAAGCGCAAACUUCCACUAAAUAAUCGACUGGGUCCGAGGGUGACUGGACACCAACUCACCACCGGAGGAGCUGUUAAUCCUCAGCAAAACUGUUCGCUUGAGUUGCGGAAAAUUCCGAGAGGGUUAAACGCCAUAGCGCAUCUAAACAAUCAUUUUUCGAAAUUCGGUAAAAUCGUCAACAUCCAGAUCAGCUAUGACGGCGAUCCGGAGGCAGCGAUCGUUACGUUUUCGACGCAUGCCGAAGCGAAUGUUGCCUAUCGCAGCACUGAAGCGGUGUUGAACAAUCGUUUCAUCAAAGUAUUUUGGCACAGUCCCGCGGUGGCUGGCGAUCAACCUUCGAUUACUCCGGCAGCCAAGACAGAGCACUCACUGCGUAGAUCUUAUCCCAACCAGUACAGCAUUAACAAUCUGAACAACAAUAAUGUUGUGACAGUAGCAAACACUACGACGAAUGUAACUCCCGUACCGGCGAAGGAAGUAACAACCAGCAGCAGUACUGCUGCUGCUGCUGGUAGUGAAGGAGAAUCGGCGGCUUCUGCUGCUCCGGCGGUUGUAGCAAAUGCCUUCACCAACACUGCUACCAAGUUAGUCAACACGGUUACUACUCCGAUCGUUACCGCCAAUCAGAUUAGGAUGAAAAAUUCAGCAAAAAUCAACCGAGCUACCAAUGAACUGAUGAAGAAAAAACAAGAACUUUCCCAGAGUUUACAGAAGCGAAAGAAUGAUCUUAUGCAAGGUUAUUUGAAAGAAUUACGCACGCUGGUCGUGAUGGUGGAGAAAUUCGAGGCAAACGAUCCGACUCGUAGCAAACUACUGACGUCUAUUAAGGAACUAGAAGCGAAGAUCGAUACGUUGAAGAAGGAAAUCGCUAGCGAACAGAAUCAACUCGUAGCCCAGAUGCUGCCGAAACGAAAAACUAAAGAGCAACAGAAAAAGGACAUGCUCGAUGCAGAGUUGGAUUUGAUUGCCCAGGAGCAGCGCACCAAUCGGGUUCCUGGUUCGGUACCAGUGUCGUCAGUUGGCAAUGUUCCUGUUUCCAACAACAACAACAUCAACAACAAACCACAACUGUAUGGGCCUCAGGGAGUGCGCUCGAUUCGAUCCAACAACCGACUGGCUCCCAUCGGUUCUACCAGCGUUGAUCGGCGUCCAACAACGAUCGCCAUUUCUGGAUUUGCCGAAGAGGAUGCAGACGCUUUGCUAGGGCAUUUCAAACAUUUUGGCGAAAUAACCAAACAUCAACUGGACAGGACGGUGCCGUCACUCCUGAUCAGCUACUCGAUUCGCCAGAAUGCGGAAAAAGCAUUGGUUCGUGGGAAAGUGUUCCGUGACAUAACUCUGCAAAUUGGUUGGGCUGUUAUUAACAACGUUACCUCGACAUCGAAUGCCGUUGUUGGCAACGUCGAGGCUAAGGAAAAGUCAUUAUCUGGAGAUUCUGCUUCCGAGGACAAACUGACGAGCGCAGAUAGUUGCGAAAAAUUAUUGGACAGUGGAGCUGUUGGUAGCAAUACCGGCAGUGACAGUGGUGUGGGGGCUGGUGUUGGAGUGGAUACCAGUUCGGCUGCCUCGAUGGAUACACUGACGGAGACGGGUUCAAUGGAGGAAACGUCCGAAGUACGACUCGUCGAAGAAGAAGAGGAAGAAGAGGAUAUGGAAUCGGAGGAUCGCUCUUGGCGUCGUUGAUAAUUUCCUUCUUUCGCGAAAUGAAAUCGGAAACCUCGACAUGGAGAAAGUUAGAAUAGCAAGAGCCAUCACUCGUCGUCGGGAAGAACAGUUCACUGAAUUGAUUUUUUCAUUGUAAUUGCGUUUUAAGUGGAUUUUUUUUCAAAAUGUAGUUCGUAAGCUUUUUUCCACUCCACUUUGUUUUUUGUUAUCUAACUUUUUAGUCGACAGUUUUGUAAUGUUUGGAUUUGUUGAAGCAGUUGGAAAACGCAUCCGCAAAGUCUACAAAACCGGUUCAGUACCAAUCGGUAGGAGUUUUCAUUAACAAACAAACAAGUUUAGAUUUUACUGUUCAAAAAUACUAUUUUGGAUUGAAAAAAUAGUACAAGUUGAUUGAGGCUGAGUCGUUUGGAAGUCUCUAAUUGGCACUGAUAUUUAAAUUGUUUUUGGUCCGUAUAAAAGUCAUAGGUGGACAACAAGUUUCGUAAGUAAAACAAAGUCUAACUGCUUUUACACAAAAGAAACAAAACGAUGAUAGUUUUAUUGAGUAAAGUCUAGUAAUUAUACUACGAAUAAUUAAUUAUUAUGAGAAAAUUCAAAUCUAUAUACAUAUAGAUGUAAAAGCUAGAGUUUGUGAAAAACAACUAAUAAAUUAUAAGUGUACAUACAGUGAUUUGUAAUCUAAAUCUGCGCGAAAAUGUUAAAGUAACUAUAAUAUAUAUAUUCAAAUCCACCACACAAAUGAGGACUGAAUAUGGAGCAGACGGAUAUCAACGCAUCGAGCAGCCGUUAGACCGGAACUUCAAUGUGCUGCAGAAACUGCCUGGAUGAUUGCGUUUUUUUUUGUCUACUUCUCUUCACAUUUCUUACAGAAAAUAACAGUGCACCACUCCAACAGCGACAACUCUACAUGGCACAAUCCAACCAGACCCGACAAUAAGAGGCAGUCAAAUAAUCUUAUUAAUUAUGGUUGUAUUGUAAAAAAAUCCGACAGAAAUGAAUCCGCAAGUAAAAUUAAAAAAAAAAAUACAAAAAAAAUAUAUUGCCGAAAAAAAUACAAAAGAGAAAAAAUAGACAAAAAAGCAACUAUUCAAAGAUCGGCAUAUUGCAACAAGAAGUUUCGUGAGUGACUAACGGAAAAAAUAAAGCUUGAUUUCAAGAAACAAAAGAUUACAGAAACUCGUAACUAGAGUUCAAGAUAGCUAUAACAUAAAAA